AAGCCUUGAAAAUUCCUUUUUCCGAACAAGAGUAGUUUUUGUUUUUGGAUUAUAAAGACUCAGAAAAUCGAGAGAAGAAAACCCCUCUGCAGUCUUAAACCUUCGCCUGUUUUCUUGUGGUUGUGGGUUCUUUGAUAGCUUCCAGUGUGAUGGAUCCUCAGCCGGAGCCCGUUAGCUACAUCUGUGGAGAUUGCGGGCAGGAGAACACGCUAAAGCCAGGGGAUGUGAUUCAGUGCCGAGAGUGCGGCUAUCGUAUUCUCUACAAGAAACGUACACGCAGAAUUGUCCAGUAUGAAGCACGUUAAAGCCCCAUGAAAGGUCCACCUAAGCAGCUUUCCUCCCACUACUACCGAAUGUUAUAUGGUGUUUGCAUGUUGAUCUGCGGACAAUAUUGUUUUCUGAUGUUCUACAUGUCUCUCAUGUGAUUUUAUCUCGGCUCUGUGUUCAAAUCAUUAACAAGGUUAUUCAGUUGUGAAACAGUUCCCUACUUUCAGUAAUCUACUUGCUUGCUGUUGUUACCGAUUGUUCUUAAUUGUUUCAUGCCUGGAAUUUGAUCUGUAAAUUAUGUACUAAAGUUUAUAAAAUGUGAAAGGGGAUUGCUGCUCAAA